UAGUUAACGUUGCCAAAAUAAAAGAAGAAGAAGAAAUCUAGUUAAGUGUCUAGUUAGGUAGAAUUUUGUGAAAAAGCCAGCUGGUCUUUUAUUUUUCCAAAGUCGUAACAAAAAUAUUGCAAUGAAUAGCAGUGAAGAAGAAGUUGAUUCGUUGGAAGAAUCGAACGAUAAUGAGAGGACUGCUAUCAGAGCUGAGCUAUCAUCAUUAUCAUUUGAAGAACUGCAAAAACUGAAAGAACGGAUUGGUGCCAAAGUGUACAAUGAAGCUUUAUUUGGAAGUAAAAAAGUUACUGAAAAGAAACCUAAAGUCUUCAAAAGGGAGAACAAAAACAGGCCGCGUGAAGUGAGCGCUAAAAAACCGGUGCCAUUUUUGCUAGAUUGCACCACAAGUGCGCCGGUAAAGAAAAAGGAGGCCCGUGACCCCAGGUUUGACCCAUUAUGUGGACAAUUUGACAAGAAAGAAUUCUCAGAAAACUACAAUUUCUUAUCAGACAUACGAAUGAAUGAUAUCAAGGCAAUUCGGGCUGAAUUGAAAGAAACUACAGAUCCGGAAAGAGAAAAGAAGCUACGUAGGUUGUUACAAAGGCUUAAUGAACAGCACAGAGUGAGCAAGAGGAAGAAGCAAGAAAGGGAAGAAGCUCUGAAGCAGAGAACUAAAACAGAAGAGGAAUUUAGAGAAGGAAGACAGCCACACUUUAAGAACAAAUCGGAACUUCGAGUUGAAGCAUUAGUGAAGCAAUAUGAAGAAUUGAAGAAGGAAGGUGCAGGAAGAAUCCAACGCCAUCUCAAACGCAGGCAACAGAAGGUCAAGAAGAGGUCUCACAAAGCACCCACUGGUGUCAGUUGAGUUGCUCAAUAAAUUUGUUAACUUUA